AUGUUGUUCGACGACUUUAAACCGAUUGUAGACAUUGUUUUGAAUAACUGGACCGCUUUGCAACUGGCUGUGGAGCACGGAAUGGGCGCUCCUGGCGGUAAACAGACUGCACAACUUAUGUCAGUGUAUGUGACAAGGUUCUGUGUGGAAAAUAUUUUGGAUGCUGAUGAACUAACUGAAGUGUUAGAAGAUUUGAUGGAUGAAGAAUUUGAGACUGCAUGUCAUGAUAACUCACCUAGAGAAGUUGCAGUCCUGCUUUUGAGUUUCCUUAAUUUAUUAAAAGAUGGUCAUCAUGAAGAACUCAGAAAUAGAAUUGAAGCAAUGCCAAAAUGUCAAAAAUGGUUGAGUGCACCAAUACCAGAUAAAUCAGCUCCACCCCAGAGCCAUGGCAACCCUGAUGAUGAUACAACGAGUAGCAGUGGUGAAGAUGAUGCGAGUAAUAUGAAUGAUACCUCUAAUAGUAAUAUAGCAGCUGAACCUAUGGAUGAGGAUGAGCCUGGCUGGACAGUUGUAAGGACACGGACGAAAAAAUAA